AUGAGCCCCACAGCCAAUCGGCUUCGAGGAAGUGGCGCUGUCCUAGGUGCCUCCCAACUGUUCAGCGCUCUCAGCAGCACGAGCCAGGAAAGGGAGCGCGGCUGGCGCUGCAACCAAUCAGCGUCCGCCUCGGGAUCCAGGCUUAUAGAGCUCUGGGCAUCAGCUCCUGGCCUCGCGCUGCUCGACUCUUUCUAACGGUCACUCGGGCUUACGCUGCCCUGAGUGUGAGACUGAAUGGGGAGAAGGAACAGGGUCUGAGCUGGCCUUGGUGGGCUGAGGCCCCUUGGUUGGGGGAGGACCAGCCUGCCCUGUGGAGCAUCUUGCUGUGGCCGCCCAGAUAUGGCACUCCCUUCUCCCAUAGCACACCCAUCACUGGAACCUGGCAGGAGGUCUGGCCUUGGAACCAGAGGAUCCCUCUGAGCCUGAACAGCCCUAAAGGGCUCUGGAGUCAGAACCAGUUGGCUUCCUCCAGUUUCUCCCCAGGUUCCCUCCCCCAGGGCCCUGUGCAGGUCAGCCCUGGGGAGAUGGAAGAAUCUGGGCAGGAGCACACAGGCUCUCGGACAACCUGUGUGGGUCAUGAGGGCACAGCAGGCUGCCCAUCUCGCCAACACCCUCCCCCGCCUACUGCUCGGUCUCGGCCCUAUUGUUGCUCUGUCUGUGGAAAGAGGUUUUCACUCAAGCAUCAGAUGGAGACACACUACCGAGUCCACACAGGAGAGAAACCCUUCUCCUGUAGCCUCUGUCCUCAGCGCUCCCGGGACUUCUCUGCCAUGACCAAGCACCUGCGGACACACGGGGCCGCUCCCUACCGCUGCCCUCUGUGCGGGGCCGGCUGCCCUAGCCUGGCCUCCAUGCAGGCGCACAUGCGCGGCCACUCGCCCAGCCAGCUCCCGCCCGGAUGGACCAUACGCUCCACCUUCCUCUACUCUUCCUCCUCCUCAUCCUCCAGGCUGUCCCAGACCUCCACCUCUUCUGGUAGUCCCCCCUCCACCACCACCUGACGGUGUGUUGGUAGGUUCUUUGGCCUCAGCCAAGAAUCCAAUUAGACUUAAGCAAAUCUGGCUUCAGAAGCGCGCAGGACAGGCGCCAAGAGCCCUCUCCCGGAUGAACGCGGGUUACAGAAGCCUGGGUCAGCGAGCCCCUGUGGGCUUAAAUUUGCACGAGUGAGGAUUAACUGUAAGGGGACUGUUGAUUUUAUCACCAUAAUAAAGAGUUUCCUGUG